UGUUAAUCAAAUACUUUAAUCAAGGAGCAUUGGUUAUACAAUUUAUUUUAAAGCAUAACAAAAAUUUUGGAAUAAAAAAAAUUCAGGGACUCACAAAAAUGUUUGUCAAACAGAAUGACAGCUGGGAAAAUUUGACAUUUAUACAUUGCAAGACAUGCCUCAAGUUAUAGACGAAUUUACUGACGAACAAAUUGAAAAUAUUAAAGAAGCUUUUGGAUUGUUUGAUGACGGCUCGGAUACCAUCGCUGCCAAGGACUUGACAACAAUUUUGCGAUCGUUGGGCACGAACCCAACGCCUGCCGAGAUCGAGGACAUAUUGCACGAUCGCGAUCCAGAAGCGGACCCAGAGCGCAUCGGUUUUAACGAGUUUACAGAAAUCUUUAAACGAAAGCUGACAGACAGAGAGUUCGUCGACGAAUUAAUAGAAGUUUUCAGACAGCACGACAAAGACAAAACCGGCACCGUACCAGUACCGCUUGCCAGAGAAAUCCUCAAAGGACUAAAUUUGUAUUUAAACGACGAAGAAAUUGCGGAAAUGGUUAGGGAAAUAAAUAACAGCGAUGAAGAAGAUUUGGACUACGUUGAGUUUAUGAAUACAAUGACGCAAACUUAUUUUUAAACCUUAUUUUUUAUUUUUUACACACAAUAAAUAUUAAAUAAAUAAAUAAAAAACUCUGAAAACCGUAUAUUUAUCUAAAUACUGAAUUGUUCACAUUAAAAUUAAACAUGCCAAUAAAUCAAAAUAUUCGAUGAACAUAUGUAUAUUAUUU